AUGACGGCUCUAGAAGAAGAUGCUAUCCUCUCAAAAAGGUGGCACUAUCUUUGGACUUUUGUUUAUAAUUUCAUUUUCACUCGUAGAAGCCAGGAAUCAAAAUUCUAUGGAGAUCCGUAUAACCCCGUAGUGCCCAAGGAUGAUACUAGUAGAAGACAUAAAUUUGAAAAUCUACGAUCCUUUAUUGACUUUGUGUUAGUUCAUUCUAUUUCUAUUUCUCCCAAAAUUAAAAAAUUCGAACUCGACUGCAAAGACCUAUUUCGAGAUGAUUCUCAAAUUAGACGAUGGCUCAGUUUUGCUGCUGAAAGAAAAGUGGAAGAUGUUGUAUUCUUGUCGUAUGGAAGUCUACUCGAUUGCAUAUUGCCUGAAUCUUUCUGCACCUGUUCGUCUUUGAUAACAUUACAUUUGAGACAUUGGUACUUUACUGAUGCAGUCAUAGCAAGGAAGUCUCUGACGAGCAUAAAGCUGGAGUGUUUGUUGUUAAACGAUGACGAAAUUUUAAACAUAUUAUCAGGCUGUCCUGCACUGGAAACUAUGGAAUUAUAUGAAGUUGGGGGUUUUCGUCGCCUGAAAAUUAGUUCUUCAAAAUUCAAGAGACUGAAUUUGAAAAAUCAUUGGUUGCUUAAUGAUAACAAUGAUCAUUCCUUGGAAAUUAUUGCCCCGUAUCUUCAGCAUUUGGAGAUUUCAGGAGAUCUUAAAGAUAUCAAGUGUAGACUUAUAGAUGUGUCCUCCAUGGUUAAUGCUAACCUUACUUUCCACAUUGCAUGUAUCAAAGACAUACAGGCCGAUCAAGGUGAAAUUGUUGAUGAAGAAGACAAUUGGCAUGGUUAUCAGCAAGGUUUUAGGACCCUUGUCCAAGAUUAUCUUCAAAAGCUGAGUUGCACAACUGAGCUAACAAUCGGAUGUUGUUUCAUUGGGGUUACUGCACCAGGUCCCGUGCAUGUUGCAGUUCAAAGGGUUGCCGAUUCGAGAAUUGAAAUGCAGAUAUCUAACGAUAGAGUUGCAUUUGCAAAACUUUAA